AUGGGCCCCCAGCAGCCCUCCACUUCCCUCUGUGUGCUGCUCGGUGAUGGCUUCUCAAGCUCUGCUGCUCCUGGGUGUCUUGCUUGCUUCCCUUGCUCUCAUGGAUUCAACCUGGAUGUGGAGGAGCCCACGCUCUUCCAAGAGGACGGAGCCAGCUUUGGGCAGAGUGUAGCCCAGUUUGGCCCAUCUCGACUCGUGGUGGGAGCCCCUCUGGAGGUGGUGGCGGUCAACCAAACAGGACGGCUGUACGACUGUGUGGCCACCACGGGAACAUGCCAGCCCCUCCCUCUGCACAUCCCCCCAGAAGCCGUGAACAUGUCCCUGGGCCUGUCCCUGGCAGCUGCCACCAACUCCUCCUGGCUGCUGGCCUGUGGCCCAACCAUGCACAGAGCCUGUGGAGAGAACAUGUAUGCAAAAAGCUCCUGCCUCCUGUUGGGCUCCCACCUGCAGCUCAUCCGGACCUUCCCAGCCACCCUGCCCGAGUGUCCAAAUCAAGAGACGGACAUUGCCUUCCUGAUCGACGGCUCCGGAAGCAUUGACCAAAGUGACUUUGAGCAGAUGAAGAACUUUGUCAGAGCCGUGAUGGACCAGUUCAAGGGCACCAACACCCAGUUCUCUCUGAUGCAGUACUCGAACCUCUUCGAGAUCCACUUCACCUUCACCGAUUCCAGGCCAGCCCGGAGCCCUCGGCGCCUCCUGGACCCCAUCGUGCAAUUGAAAGGCCUGACGUACACGGCCACCGGCAUCUCGAAAGUAGUGACAGAACUAUUCCAUAGCAAGAACGGGGCCCGCAAACGUGCCCAGAAGAUCCUCAUUGUCAUCACUGAUGGGCAGAAAUACAGAGACCCCCAGGAAUACAAGGAUGUCAUACCUCAGGCUGAGAAAGCCGGCAUCAUCCGCUACGCCAUCGGGGUGGGAGUUGCUUUCCAGGAAGCUGCUGCUAAGCAGGAGCUGAACACCAUUGGCUCGGCGCCCCCAAAGGACCACGUGUUCAAGGUGGACAACUUUGCAGCCCUGGGCAGCAUCCAGAAACAGCUGCAGGAGAAGAUCUUUGCCAUCGAGGGAACCCAGUCGAGGACAAGCAGCUCCUUCCAGCAUGAGAUGUCGCAAGAGGGCUUCAGCUCAGUCCUCACAAUGGAUGGACCAGUUCUGGGGGCUGUGGGGAGCUUCGGCUGGUCUGGAGGUGCCUUCCUGUACCCCCCAAAUAUGAGCCCCAUCUUCAUCAACAUGUCUCAGGAGAACGUGGACAUGCAGGACUCUUACCUGGGUUACUCCACCGAGCUGGCCCUUUGGAAGGGGGCACAGAGCCUGGUCCUGGGGGCUCCCCGCCACCAGCACACCGGGAAGGCGGUCAUCUUCACCCAGGCUUCUGGGCAAUGGGUGCCGAAGGCUGAAGUCACAGGGACCCAGAUCGGCUCCUACUUCGGGGCCUCCCUCUGCUCCGUGGAUGUGGAUAGAGAUGGCAACACGGACCUGGUCCUCAUCGGGGCACCCCAUUACUACGAACAGACUCAGGGAGGUCAAGUGUCUGUCUGCCCCUUCCCCAGAGGGCGUGCUAAGUGGCAGUGUGAGGCCAUUCUCCGCGGGGAGCAGCGCCAACCCUGGGGCCGCUUUGGGGCGGCCCUGACAGUGAUGGGGGACGUGAAUGGGGACACGCUGAUGGAUGUGGCCAUCGGGGCCCCGGGGGAGCAAGAUAACCAGGGCGCUGUCUACCUGUUUCAUGGAACCUCAGGAUUGGGCAUUAGCCCCUCCCACAGCCAGCGGAUCACAGGCCCCCCGCUCUCUCCCAGGCUCCAGUAUUUUGGGCAGUCGUUGAGCGGGGGUCAGGACCUAACCCAGGAUGGACUGGUGGACCUGGCUGUGGGGGCCCGGGGGCAAGUGCUCCUGCUCAGGAGCCGGCCGGUGCUGAAAGUCGGCGUGGCCAUGCGAUUCACCCCCGCGGAGGUGGCGAAGUCUGUGUACAGGUGCUGGGAAGAGGAGCGCACCGCCCUGGCAGCGGGGGACGCCACAGUCUGUCUAACUAUCCACAAAAGCUCCCUGGACCGGCUGGGUGAUGUCAAAAGCUCCAUCAGUUAUGACCUGGCAUUGGACCCAGGCCGUCUGAUUUCUCGUGCCAUUUUCAAUGAGAGCAAGAACUGGACUUUGACGCGAGUUAAAACCCUGGGGCUGGGGGAGCACUGUGAAACCGUGAAGCUGCUUUUACCAGAAUGUGUGGAGGACUCGGUGAGCCCUAUCAUCCUACGCCUCAACUUCUCCCUGGUGGGAGAGCCCAUAGCCUCAUCCUGGAACCUUCGUCCCAUGCUGGCUGUGGGCUCACAGGACCUCUUCACUGCUUCUCUCCCCUUUGAGAAGAACUGUGGUCAAGAUCGCCCCUGUGAAGCAGACCUGAGUGUCAGCCUCAGCUUCUCAGGCCUGCAGACCCUGCUGGUGGGGAGCUCACUGGAGGUCAAUGUGACAGUAACUGUGAGGAAUGAGGGCGAGGACUCCUAUGGAACCAUGAUCAACUUCUACUACCCUCCAGGACUGUCCUAUCGGCGGUUCUUAAGGAUGCAGCACCCACUGCGCCUGGCAUGUGAGUCAGCACCCACUGAGAAUGAGAGCCUCAGGAGCAGCAGCUGCAGCAUCAACCACCCCAUCUUCCAAGAGGGCAAAGAGGGCACCUUCAUAGUCACAUUCGAUGUCUCCUCCAAGGCCAUCCUGGGAGACAGGCUACUUCUGACAGCUACUGCAAGCAGUGAGAAUAACAAGCCGGUGACCAGCAAGACUUCUUUCCAGCUGGAGCUCCCGGUGAAAUAUGCCGUCUACACAGUGAUCAGCAGGCAGGAAGAAUCCACCAAGUACUUCAACUUCUCAACUUUUGAGCAGAGGAGCAGGAAAGAGGCUGAGCACCGAUACCGCGUGAAUAACCUGAGUCAGCGAGAUCUGGCCAUCAGCGUCCAUUUCCGGGUUCCCAUCCAGCUUGGCAGCGUGGCUGUGUGGGAUGUGGCUUUGGUGGCCCCUCCGCAGAGUCUCCCCUGUGUGUCAGAGACGGAACCUCCCCAGCAUUCUGACUUCCUGGCCCAGAUUCCAAAGAGUGCCCUGCUGGAUUGCUCCAUUGCUGUCUGCCUGAGGUUCCGCUGUGACAUCCCCUCCUUCGGCAUCCAGGAGGAACUUGACUUCGUCCUGAAGGGCAACCUCAGCUUUGGCUGGGUCAGUCAGACAAUGCAGAAGAAGGUAUUGGUCACGAGUGUGGCUGAAAUCACGUUCAACAGAUCUGUGUAUUCCCAGCUUCCGGGACAGGAGGCAUUUAUGAGAGCCCAGACAAAGACUGUGCUGGAAGAGUACGAGGUCUAUGACCCCAUCCCCCUCAUUGUGGGCAGCUCCAUAGGAGGUCUGCUGCUACUGGCUCUCAUUGCAGCCGUGCUGUACAAGCUUGGCUUCUUCAAACGUCACUACAAACAAAUGCUGGAUAACAAGGCUGAAGAUGUUGCUACAAAUUUGCCUUUGUCUUAAUAAUGUACUUUCCCACUAAUUUCUACCCUCACGGCCCACAAAUCUACUUCUAUUGGAACAACUUCCACACAGGUCUAACUGGACUGGCCUGUUCCACCUAUCAGGUGCUCAACCACCAUCCCAAGGAGUAGAGAGAGUUUUACAUUUUUACACAUCUGUCCAGCUUCUUCAGCGACAACCCUCUUUGUACAGGAACAAGCACAAUGCCAGCAUGAAUCUUCCUGCAUAUAAGAACUGUCACAUUAAAUGAAGAUGUUUAUAACCCAUUUUCCAUGUAUGGAAGAGCUCUAAUUCAGAGACCUGAGUGCUGUUCUAGAAAUAGUUGGCUGAACCUGCUU